AUGUUUUUAAAAUCACAUAAAAGAACACCUUCUGGUAGAAACAGAAUCGAUAUCACUCUGAAUGUAGAGAAGAUGACCAGUGAAGAGAGACUGAGCCGACAGCUACAUACAUCGGUGAGACGUAGUCCGACCGGCGAGAGAGAUCGUUUGUUCGAGUGGUUUCUGGUGAUUGGUGCGGAGCGUAAGCUAACGGAGCAGUCGUCGUCUCCACCACUACAAAGAUCGUCAGAGUUCAACGUUUCACCACCGCCAUCAAAGCAUCAAUCACUCUCGGCUUCAUCUCCAAAUAACUCACCAUCUGGAUCAUCGGCAUUUAAAUUCCUCUCACGGUCACCUCCCCCACCACCCAAAGAGACGAGAGUAGAGCGUGACCUUCCAAAGAUACUCUACCAGUAUCCACCAGAUCGUUCACUCGGCUCGAUCAAUGUAUAUGAUUUUCCAUUCCCUGGCGGAGUGCCACUCAGCUAUCAAUCUCUAGGUGCAUCCAACACCAAUCUAUUCACACUUCUUUGUUCACAAAAUCAUUUAAAAGAACCUGAAGAUUCAUUCGUGUUUAUGUUGACAGACGAAAAGAAAGAUGUUUUAUAUGGCGUUUGUACGUUUAAAUCAGCAGAGGUUGGGCAUAGAAUGAAUGAUAUCGAUAUCUAUGAAGAUUCAGUCUUUAAUAUGAAAGAUACAAUAGUUACUGCACCCAAAUGUUAUGUCAUUCUCACAAAGUAUCCAUUCUUUUCACUGCAUUUCAACAUUCUCAAUUCCAUUCUAAAGAUUCAACAUAUGCAACAAGUUGAAUUGUUUCAAAGUUAUUUAGUUUCCUUGAGAAAACCUUCGCCAAUUCGUGAAUUAAAAGAGAAGGAACAACAGCAACAGCAACAAGCUCAACACCAGCAACAUGUCAUUCAACAACCAAUUAUUAGUAUAACGGUUUCAAGUGAACCACCACAACAACAAUUGAAUGGUAGUGGUGAAAGUAUUUCAUCUUCAACGGCGGCAACAACAACCACCACAACAACAACAACUAGCACUACAAUCAUCACCACACCACCUAGUUUAACUCCACUUUACAAAUCAACAGAUGGAGAUAUUUCAAUGACAACACCACCCUUACCACCACAAACAAAUCUAUCAGCAUCAGCAUCAUCAUCCUCCUUAUCGACACUCCAGAUUCCACAUAACAUCAAAGCACCAGACACACCAAUCAGAGAUCUAAUUGAAUAUUUCUAUCAGCAAUCAAUACCUAAAUCCGGAGAAUCUAUCAAAUAUCAAAUCGAUUCACUUGGCAGAAGCAUAGAGUUUAGAAGAGAAAUCCUUUCACAUAAAGAUGCAGACUUUAGUGGCUACAUCAUCGAGUAUGGUUUACUGAUUACUCUACAACUUUUAUCACAUGCUGCAAUCAUUUCCAUCCUAAACUCUAUACUACUUGAAAGAAAAAUUGUAUUUUAUUCGAAAUCACUUAGAAAUUUAACUUCUGUUGUAUUUACUAUGGUUUCACUUAUUAAACCAUUUGUUUAUCAAUCUGUAAUGCUACCGAUUAUACCAGAUUCACUGAGAGAUAUUUGUAGUGCACCAGUACCCUAUAUCGUUGGUACCUGCUCAAAGAGUAUGAUUGACGAGGUGGAUUUGACAGAGACUAUCGUUGUCGAUAUCGAUCUGAAUAAGAUUAUUCAUAAGGCCAAGGUACCGGAUGUACUGUUCCCCAGCUCCAAUGAAAUUGCCAACAAGUUGAUCGAUGCUCUCAAGUCAUUAAAGAUGCACAUGGAAAUCAGGAAUGCACACAACUACUCACCGAGCGAAGGACAAGUACCGAUACUCAAUGCUCUCGUCACAUACAUACAAUCACAUUUCGAAAUCCUAUUUGAAAAUUUCAACAGACAUUGUGUAAGAGAUGUUUCUCAAUUGAAACACGUAUCGGUUUUCGUCAAGGAGACUUUUGUAGAGGUAGAGUUUGAAGAAGAAGUCGAAAGAAAAUGGAUCAAAGAGUUUAUGUUGACACAGAUAUUUUCAGUUUAUCAAGACAAAAAGUUGCGACAAUCUGAUGGUGAUGAAGAAUUGUCUUCUUCAUCAGAUAACAUUACAGCUUAA